AUUCAUGGGGGUAUAUUCGUCUUCACACACGAUCAGAAACCCUAGUUAUGCUAAGAAUUUUCCUCCUCCAUUUGCAUUGUUCGAUUCUGCAGUCCAGCGGCGUCUACAAUUCUACAGAGUUCUCUCCGGCUUCAUUCUCUCUCUCUCGUCUAAGGAAUGGAAUCCCAGAUCAAGCAUGCUGUGGUGGUCAAAGUGAUGGGUAGAACUGGAUCAAGAGGUCAAGUGACUCAGGUGAGAGUUAAGUUUCUUGAUGAUCAAAAUCGUUACAUUAUGAGGAAUGUCAAGGGACCAGUGAGGGAAGGAGACAUUCUUACCUUGUUGGAGUCUGAGAGGGAAGCUAGAAGAUUGCGUUGAUGGGGAUUCUGUCAAGGUCCCAAAUUCUCCAGUUUGCUGUUGCUGAAUGUUAUCCUUUUUAGUUUUAAUCUUACCUUCAAAUAGAAUGGCUGUUAUCAUUUUCCCCUAUUUAUGUGUGGUUUUAGUGACAACCCUGUCCAAGACAUUUUGGUUCUAAGCCAGAAUACGUGAACUGGAUGAGUAUUUUUAUUGAGUUUUGAAACGAUCAAUUUUGCUUAUAUGGAGUUUCUAUAAUAUUUUGAGGUUAUUUGUCAA